AUUGAAAAUUAUUUUCUCUUUGUAUUGACAUUUCCGUCCCCUCUACGGCUAUAUCGUAACCUUUUAUAUUUCUUUAUCAUUAUUUCGAUUCAAAACAUAGUCAGAGAGACGUUGUUGGCGUUUAGCUUUUACCUUCUUUCCCCUUUUAAAUCAAACCCCAACAAACGUUCUUCCCAGAACCCUAUGCUUUUUGUAGAAAAACAUAUUCACUUUCCAAAUCUUGAGAUAUAGUGAAAGCAAAAUCAAACUUCGAAGUCUAUUUGCAUCUUCUGGUUGUUUAUAUACGCUUGUAAAUAAUCACCAUCGCAAGCACAAAGAUUCAGAGCCCAGAUUGGUUUCAUCUUUGGUUUUUAGUAUUUGGGUUUUGAGUUACUCGAGAUUUCUAGGGUUUUGAUUUAAUUCUCAGAUGGAAAAUUCAAGUGAUAAAAGUAGGAGAAACGAUGUGUUUGAUUCGUUUGACAGUAGUACAAGAAGCUCGAAUUCAAGUAAUUCGGAUAGUUCUUCGAAAGAAUGUUGUUCUUCCCCUCCUCCGCUUGGGUGGCCUAUUAGAAAAACGCAGUUGAUCGGGAAAUGUGGUGAUAUUUCAGAAGAUGAAGCGAAAUUAAAACGCCAUUUGGAAGAUGAUUCCAAAUUGACGAAAAUUGAUUCCAGAUUUGAAGAAACGGAGAUGAUGAAAGAGAGAUUCGCUAAAUUGUUGCUUGGAGAAGACAUGUCUGGAAGUGGCAAAGGCGUUUGUACAGCUUUAGCCAUUUCAAACGCCAUUACAAAUCUUUGUGCCGCUGCAUUUGGUCAAUUAUGGAGAUUGGAACCCUUGCAAUCUGAGAAGAAACAAAUGUGGCAACGAGAAAUGGAUUGUCUUCUUUGUGUAAGCGAUCAUAUCGUUGAAUUAAUACCUUCAUGGCAGACAUUUCCAGAUGGAAGUAAGCUCGAGGUCAUGACUUGCAGACCGAGAUCUGACAUUUUCAUGAAUCUCCCUGCUCUAAGAAAACUAGACACCAUGCUUCUGGAAAUAUUAGACAGUUUCAUUAACACGGAGUUCUGGUACGUUGAUCAAGGAAUAGUAGCUUCAGAUAACGACGUUUCAGGGUCAGGGUCAGGGUCAGGUUCAUUCCGGAAACAACCGCAACGCCAUCAUGAAAAGUGGUGGCUGCCGGUGCCACGUGUCCCUUCCGGAGGCCUUCAAGAAGACACCAGGAAACAGUUGACCCACAAACGUGAAUGCGCUAAUCAGAUUCUCAAAGCAGCCAUGUCAAUCAACAGUAUUGCUUUGUCGGACAUGGAAGUUCCUGAAUCGUACUUUGAAUCCCUCCCGAAGAACGGGAGAGCUUGUUUAGGAGACGUUAUCUAUCGUUAUAUAACAUCAGAGCAAUUCUCACCGGAGUGUUUGUUAGAUUGUCUCGAUCUUUCAUCUGAACACGUCGCUCUAGAAAUCGCGAACCGCGUGGAGGCGUCGAUCUACGUGUGGCGGAAAAGGAUCCAAUCAAGGCCGUUACCUCAUCCAAAUCGAUCGGCGGCGAAAGCUUCGUGGGACAUGGUGAAGGAUUUAAUGGCGGAUGGAUGCAAGAGAGAUUCAUUAGCUGAAAGAGCUGAAAGUCUCUUACUUUGUCUAAAACAUCGUUUUCCUGGUCUAACUCAAACCUCAUUAGACAUCAGCAAGAUUCAACACAACAAGGACGUUGGGAAAUCGAUCUUGGAGAGCUACUCUAGGGUUCUGGAAAGUCUCGCGUUCAACAUCGUCGCACGUAUCGACGAUCUACUCUACGUCGACGACUUAACCAACCAAUCGGAUAAUUUACCAUCGACGGCGGAUGUAAUUACUCAUAAGCGAGUCCCGAUUCCGAUUAUACCGUCGUCAGGGACGCCGUACAAAUCAGCUUUUGCGACUCCGAAGUUUUCCCCUGGACCUAUUGCAGCCCCGGCGACGACAGACAGAACUCCGUCGUUGAACAGAAACAGCCACAAGCCGCCGCGGCGAGGGUUUGGGGUGAAACGAGCGUUGACGAACUAUCUCGCCGGUGAGACGAAGGUGAAAGGUAACGUUCAGUUGCUUGAAGGUCCCGGUUGUCUGAGUACAAGAAAUGGAGAAUUGCCGCCGGUUAAUCGGAGCAGUAUCGACGGUCCGUUGAGCCAGAAAGAGAACCGGAAUCCGGCGAGGUUACCGAAGUUGGAACGGUGA